ACCCCAAACCUAGCAAGCCCUCUCUCGUCCUCAUCCUCUCCUCCCCCGGCCCGAACCACCACCGCCGCCAGGGUCUCUAUGCUCCUCUCCUCCUCCUCCUCGGCCAACUCCUCGGCGCGCAGGGUCUCCUCCUCGCCCGACCUCGCCGACGACCACCAGCCGGACGCGCAGCAGCAGCAGGCCGACGAUCCGGUCGCGCAGGUCGACCAGUUCCUCUCGUCCUCAUCUUCUCCUCUGCUCCUCCAUCGGUCGGCCGGCCAGGGAGAUGGACGGCGACUACGUCUCCGGCCUGCUCGCGGGCACCGCGGGGCUCGACUUCGGCGUGCCAGGCCUCAACGCCGGCUUCUUCGAGACGCUCUGCGGCGCUGGCGGCGUGGGCGCCGCCGGGCUCGCCGCCAUGUUCGGGGACCGGGCGGCCGGGAUGCACGGCUUCGGGAACGGCGGCCAGUUCGGGCCCGCGGAGGGGGGCGGCGGCGUGCUCGCCGCCGCGUCCCGGGAGGGCUCCUCUGUCUCCGACCCUGCGUGGGCGUACGGCGCAAAUGCCAAGAAGCAGAAGGCGCCCGCCGCGGGUGCCGCCAAGGGCAAGGAGGCCGCGGCCACCUUCGCCAAGGUGUGCUCCAUGGGGGAGGCGACGGGGCCGGACUCAAAGAAAUGCAAAAUUGAGGACGAGACGGUGGAGGAGGAGGCGGCCACGGCCAGCGACGGGUCGACCGGCGGGGAGAGGGGCCGGAAGCAGGCCAAGGGCAAGGGCUCCAAGUCCAAGCAGCCGGCGGCGGACGAGCCGUCCAGGGACUACGUCCACGUCUGGGCCAGGAGAGGCCAGGCCACCGACAGCCACAGCCUUGCUGAGAGGGUUAGAAGAGAAAAGAUCACCCUCAAGAUGAAGAAGCUCCAGGACCUACAAGUGUACUCGCUCUGCGUGAUAAGAAAUUGAAAGGGCAGCUCGCUGGAAAAGAGAAGCUAAUCGAAAUAUCUGCCAAAGGUGCUGUGCAGGCUGAAAAGUGGUUUUUACCUAUUGAGGGGGGCUACUUGGAGCCUGAAGGUUUGGAAAAGACAUAUAGAUAUACACAACAAGAGCUUGGUAGUAGCUUUGACAUUAUGAGUUCAAGAAAACCAUUUGAUAUGAUCUUACCUGAACUUGGUCCUUAUACUCUAAAAUACACCUCAAAUGGUCGCUACAUGAUAUUAGGUGGGCGAAAAGGUCAUAUUGGUAUGAUGGAUAUGUUAAGUAUGGAUCUCAUCAAAGAGUUUCAGGUAUAUGCAAAGAUUUGAUCCUGGAUUUGGUUGUAAUGGAGGCGCGUACACCAUUCAACCUUUGUAUGCUCCUGCUGUUACCUACAACACUGAGUUCCCCCAGCUUCGGUCGCCACAAAUGCUUCCUGUUCCUGUUGAACAGCAGCAGCCUCAUCCAAUGGCUCAGGACAUGCCUGGGCCCUGGUCGCCGGCUCAAUCACCUAAUGCAGUUGGCUACAGGCCUCCAGAUGGUGUUAUGCCACCCUACAGUCCUGGUCAAGCUGGUGCUCCUGUCAGGUCGUCUGUUUUCAUGCAUGCUUCCCGGCAAUAUGCUAUGCCUUCACGCCCAGGAGUCACGUUUGUACAUCCACAUGAUUCUAUGCGACCAUUUGCACAGGUCCGUGUUUUCUCCUAUCAGUCGUGUACUGAGCUGAUUUCCUGGAGUAAUCUUUUGAUAGAGGUGGAUUGUACAAAUUAAUACUACCACACCGAUGUUCUGUACGACAUUCCAUUGGUUCCUACUAACCAUGAUAUAUUAUUGUUAUACUAUUCCUGCC